AUGUAUACGUUGGGUUUGGUUUGUGCGUUAACACUUCUGUUGGUGCAAUCUUGUCAGUGCUUGGUGAUAAAUACUCCAGAGUUAGGACCGGAGUCUAGCAAGAGCUUGCAAUAUAUAAGAGAUGUUGGAAAGCAAAUUGAACUUAAUUUACAUGCUAUUUUACCCUCUGCAUUCCUUUCUCCAUAUUCAGCCUUAGAUUCUAGCGAAAGAGAAAGAAAUGAUGAAAUUUUGAUCUUUCCUAGAAAUAUGUUGACACAAUCUACUCUUCUGAGGUUAGGGCUCAAAGACUUGAUCAUUAAAAAUAACACCUUUGAACAUAGAGGAACUGAGAGAUAUUUUGAAGGAAGUCCCUUCUUCAAGGACGUUCGAGCUUUGUUCAUAUUCAACACAACUGAGAAAGUGAAAGUGCCCGGUGAAAGUGAUAAGUAUAAAGAAUUUAUCACACAUUCGCCGCCGUUUGAUCUUCCACGAUACAUGAAUUUAGCUGAUUAUUAUCUACUUAUACCUAGGGUGUAUUUUGAAGAAAAUUUGAGAAGUUUGUCACUCUUUAAAAAUAACUCAACAGACUAUCAACAUAUAUACCGAACAUUACAAACAUCGUCUUUCCAAAAUGAGAUGAGCAAAAACAGUCCUUUGAUGGUCUUCUUGUUUAAAGAAAAUUCUUUAGAUGAGCUUGAAAAGUCUCAAAAUCCAAUAAUGAAUAUUAAAAAUUAUUUGCCUAACCGAAAUGGAACAAAUGCAUUUUCUAGUUUUUUUGACAUAUUCGCAGCCAAUUGGAUAAAAAGCGUUGGAUAUGAAAGUUUGAUACACUCUAUAUUUUGUACAACCAAUGCAAAAUCACUGGAUUACUGUUUAAAAAUACCUGGUGGUAAAUACAUUCACUUGGUAUCUCUUCUGGAACAAAAAACCAAUGAUACUAGUUUCGCCAAAUCCAGAAAUGACGGACAUGGCACUGGUUACUUCAAUUCGGAAAACCCAGUUGCAAAAGCAACUAUUCCGGAAUCAAAGGAGAGGAAUAAAGUAUCAAGCAAAGUAGGAAAAAAUGCUUUAUCGAAGCCAAAAAGACUCAAGUUAUUUUUUGCCCAACGCCUUUUCACGAAAUUUACCAGAAAGCAGGAAAAAAAGGGUUGGGAUCAUCGACCUGCUAACGCACAACAAUACAUUCGUGGUGAAUUUAAAAACAGGAAGAGAGAUUUCGGUGGGGGCCAAUUUGGUAUGAAUAGUCUACGUUUUCCUUUAUCAUCCAUUGCACCAUCCGAUAACUUCAUAAAAUCUCCUAGAAGCAAGUCUUAUCGUCAAGUCAUUUUUGAUCGAUUGCCAAAAAAAGAACCAAUGUUAAACCGCCAGCACUCUGUCGGUACUGUGGAACCCCAAGUUAAGAGCCCAAGAAUACUAUUAGAUUCAAAAGAUUUAGAAACUGUCAAAUUUCUACAAACUGAAGAAUUUAUUGAUAAGUUUAAUUUAUCUUCAAAAAGUAGUCGAGACGGUUCAAAAAAUUCUGACAACUCCAAUGGCUCUAAACUAGAAAGAAGAAACAGGAGAUUCUCAGUGUUCAGUAAUGACGAAGAUUGCCAGGAAAUAACUUGGUACAAUAUAUUUCACCAUAGUAUAUUUGGAAAACCUCACUUCUGCAAACAUCAUACGAUGACUUGA